UUAUCUGUCAAUCAAUUUAUUCAUCAUUCCUGAUAAUUAUAAAAUAUAAUAAUCUUCUAUUUGACUUCAAAUACCCCAAAAUAAUGAUAAACAACCGCAGUGAACGAAAUACAAUUGACAUUUCGCGCUAAUAACCCCAAGAAUUUAGUUCUCCCGCCAUCUAACGACUAGAAACUCCGCGCCCAUUUACCAACCGCUCAUAAAACCCACGAAUCUAAUCCUGUGUAGUUCUCUCCCCUCAAUAUGGCGCUAUUUUGACAAUGUUGAUGUAGAAAAUAUAUAUUUGUUAUGAAAUGUGCAAGGGUUGAGGCUGAACAUUUGAACUAGUAAACAAUAAACUCGAUUAUACCCAGAAAAAAAAAAUCCAAAAAUAUCCAAGAGCCUUGACCUCGUGUAUCGAGGCCAAGUUCUCUUUCACUUUUUCCUUCUCCAAUCGACGCGCAAACGCAUUGACUUGUAGCAAAGCUUCUCCACCUCAGUCCAAUUGUCAUAUGUGAGGGAUUUAUUGAGUUUUUUCGUUAUUCUUUUUCUUGGUUCACAAAUCCACAGUGAUCGAGGCUCCAGAAAAAGUCCCAGUCGAUUAUUUUUGGAAAUUCAUCAGCUCCACGAGAGGUGCAGAAGGAAGAUGAAGGUCAAGCGCAGCAAAUCCCUGUCCCCGGAGCCGUCGAGCAGUCGAGAUGCGAAGAUUCCGAAGCUCUCGGAUCCCUCCGAGGCGAAUGGGGAACCGGAGGUUGAACCGAUCAGUAUUAUGGAGUUCUCUGAUGAUGUUUUGCUCAACAUCAUGAAGUAUCUCACUCCUCAGGAUCUCAUGUCUCUUAGUUUAUGCUGCAAAAGACUCCACAGUGUCUGUCGCGAUCGAACCCUGUGGCGAACAGUCGACUUCCGAUCAACCCCAAUGCAAAUAAAAGAUCUGAAAACCUACGUGAAAUUCCUGCAGCCCCUGACGACGAGUAUAGCCAUAAACGGAAGGACCCGAGAGUGGGACGAAGGUUCUCUGGAAGAACUGAAGAAUGACUUCAUCUCCUCGAUCUGCGAGACCUGCACUGGCCUCAAGGAGUUCAUAAUCGAGGAGUAUUCAAUCAUAAGCACUGAGAUUCGAGUCGUCGACUUUCCCUCGACCCUCGAGAAACUCUCCCUGAAGAGCAGCAAGGUCUGCAACUUGAUGACGAACAAGUCGUAUUUCUUCAGAAUCGACACCCACAUGCCUAAUCUGACGAGUCUCAUUCUCACCGACUGCCAGUGGGUGACUGGUCACUCGUUGCUCGUUAUUAGUAAAAUUCCGAAAUUAAAGGAAUUGAGACUGAACUCGUGCAAACGACUGGGGGAGUGCGUGGCGUAUGCUAGUCUGGCGACGAGAUUUGGGUUCAAAGCGUUAGAGAUUUUAGACUUGAGAUGUACUGCAUUCGGUGACAGUGAGAUCCGCUGUUUCAGCAGUACGAAGACACUAACCCACAUAUACCUAGAAUACUCCCCCGAAUUCGCUGAAACGAAUGAAGUCAGAGAGCAGAGACCGCGUCCUCUUCCGCGGCGGCAUUAUGAGGACAACCACGUGGUCCAAUACAUAGCGGCCCCUGAGGACGACUUCUACACGUGGAAUGAUCCGUCGCGUUGUCGAAUUAGCGACGGAUCGAUCUGCGCCCUUGGAAGCUACAUUUGCGAUCGCGGGGUCCUCGAUAACUCCAUCAGGGAUGUUAUCCUGGUCGAGCCCGAUAUUCGGGUUCUGAAUAAUCCGGAUUUGAAAACAUUAGUUGUAAGGAAUUAUCCACUGGUCACAAAUCAAAGUCUGGUGCACUUGGCUGCGAAUGCAAUGAGUCUUCAAUACCUCGACGUAACGGGCACUGGUGUAACCGCCGACGCAGUAGCUACAUUUAAAACACAAAAGCCCGACGUCACGAUUAUCUCAUCCUUCGGGUGAAACCCCCCAAAAUCAAUUGCAUUCAAAAUUCAAUGUUCGACUGCCAUGCAAAGUAUUUAAAACCUCAAAAUCCACUUGAUCAAUUCAUGUGCAAUUUUUCUCUUGAAACGCAUGGAUUCAAAAAUUGUAACAGCAUCCCACACUGUAUUUGUAAAUAACAAUUACUUCAUUUACUUUUACACCACAGAUUGUAAGGAAAAUACUGCGCUUGACAUUCGAAAUUUUGGUAAUGGAAUUUUUAAGACUGUCAUUUCCACUAUUAUUUUUACUCUAUCACCCCUCGUCCCUAUACUCUAAAUUCAUGGGAGAACAUUGAAAUUGUUAUCGACACAAUACCAUUACUUUAAGGGGAGAAGGCACAAGAAUUUCGAAAUCUCUGGUGUCUUCAUCUACAGUAUUGAGAAAAUGAAAAAAAAAAAGAUUUUUUUAUCGAUUAGAAAGCGGCUUUAAAGGAAUAAUAUUUUCAAAGGUAUCCUCAUCACGCGAUUCCUUCUUUACAUUAAAAAACUGGAGUUAUAAACUCAUCAGCACGAUAAAUAAAGGCCCUACGAUUUUCAGAUUUCAGUGCGGUCUCCCCUUGAUAUAAGGGCAAAUGAGGCAAAACUUAAACUUACUUUUUUUUCAAUUUCAAAAACUCAUUGAAUUACUCAUGAAAUGUGAUAAUUUUUUUCUCUGGCAAGUACAACCUUUUUAUUUUGUGAUGAGCCUAGACUGACCUCAAUUGAUCAAUUUGCCUCCGAGUUAUGAACAUUGAGAGAACAGUAAUGAGUGUCCAUUUUGCCCCAUCCUCCCCCAUUUCUCAAGAAUUUUUCUUAAAGUCUCCAAGCUAUUCUUUCCCCCUCAUUUCUGAAUGACAACUAAUCAAUUAACAAGUCGACAAAUCCGUAAAGAUAUAUAACAAAUGAAAAUAUAUAUUGAUUGGAGUUUCAAAAAUAGUAUAUAAAUAAAACUCCUGUUACAUCUGCUACUCGAUAUUUCCAACUAACGAAUGAUAACUCAAUUAUGUAAAGUUUAUCAUAAUUCUUUUCCAUUGCACUAGUUAUUGACGAAGAAAUACAUGUAUAUUAUAAUCUAAUUGUGUUAAUGUUCGUAUGUGUUUGGGGUAUGUGUGAUAAAGUAAAUCAUGUUUUUGUGAAAAAUGUAUAUUGUUGCAUUGGAAUCGUACCGUCGAGUUUGGGUAUGAAAUACUUUCUGCAACUUUAGAAUUUAAUAAUCGAAUGACAACUGGGCUUUGUAAAGAAUUAUUUAAUAAAAGAGAAUAAAAAAACAAACGAAUGGAGAAA